AUUACUAGAUAAAUUUUGUCACAUAAACCUUCUUCAUAUUCACCAUGCUCAUCCAUGACAGGGUCUCGUCUUGGCGUGUUAUUGUAUGUGAACGGGCCGAUAUCUACGCGGGAGUAUGGAGGCACAACUUUAAGACAGCAUGGUCGUCGACCAAGUGGGCUGCUGAGACAGCUAUUACAGUGGGCAAAACAGCACCAAAACAACUUUUCUUUUUUCUGGCUGAUUCCACGGUCUACUUUGCCAAGAACCCAGUCGCUCUUAAGGACGAGGUUCUCAGUGGCGUGUCCAUCGCAUUCAUGCAGGUCCCCGAGUCAGUCGCGUUUGCAUUUGUGGCGGGGAUCUCUCCUGUGAAGGGCCUAUACUCUACAUUCUUCAUUGGUCUGAUUGCAGGCAUCUUUGGGUCACUACCGGGCAUGGUCAGCGGGAUUGCUGGCGGAAUGGUGAACAUUCAAAAAGAGCUGACAGCAGAUGACGGGCCCCUGGGUGACAAGUGCCUUUCCGAGAGGACCGAGUGGCUCUUUGCAACUACACUUCUUUGCGGGCUAAUCCAACUUGUGCUUGGGACACUUGGAGUGACAAGAUUCUUAAAGCUUGUGCCUCACUCGGUGAUGGUGGGGUUCAUGAAUGGCUUGGCGAUUGUGGUCUUCCGUGCGCAGCUGAAUGCGUUUCAAACAGACAGCUCAUCGAGAAACCCAAAGGACAACGUCGAGAUCAUUAACGGGAGAGUGUGUCCACCGAUGGAUUUCAUUCCGCCCAACGACCAGCGCUGGCUACGGCUUGAUGAGGGACAGACGUGGCAGGUCCUAAUCAUCGUGUUCCUGUCGAUGGCGGUUGUGCUUCUUCAGCCGCGCAUUAAGAGACGUUUGUGCAUUGGCAAGUUCUCGGUUGGAGCCAACGUUCUACCUGCAUCUCUGACUGCAAUGGUUAUCGGCACUGUAAUCGCUCGGUUUAUAUACGACAGUGCGCUCAAUCGGCCCAUCCGUACUAUUGGCGAUAUGGCAACAUUUUCUGGAAGUGUUCCCAAGGCCCACAUCCCUGAUGUUCCAUGGCGGUCUGGCCACUUCUGGGAGAUUGUGAUCCCGAAGGCUAUCCUGCUCGCCAUUAUUGGACUUGUUGAAACGGCAAUGACGUGGCAGCUGUGCUUGAAAAUAGUUGGUGUUAACCUCCCUGCCUACUACUGCAACUACGACUGUCUGGGGCAAGGUGCUGGAAACCUUUUAUCCUCGUUCUUCACGUCUGUCGGUGGGUCGGUCAUGGUUGGCCAGACCACGGUGAACCUUACCAAUGGGUCUCGCUCUCGUGUGUCUACAACUGUUGCUUCGUUCCUGAUACUCCUGUUUGUCGCCGUAGCUGGAAAGGUCAUCGAGAUGAUCCCCGUUUCUGCACUCACUGGGAUCCUCUUCGUUGUCGUCAUCAAGACGUUUGAAUGGCGUACAUUCGUGUACAUCUUCCGUUGGAGCAUCCCCGUGACUGACAUGAUAACAAUCAUUCUUGUCACUGUGCUUGCUGUCGCUACAGACCUUGCCAUCGCUGUGCUCAUCGGUAUUGCCUGGAGCGCAGUGGUUCUGGCGUGGAAGCUUUCAAACAACACUGGAAUUGCGAUGAAGGUGGAGCCAAUUAAAGCAAGUACCGGUGGUUAUGCAGCUGCACUCGCACCUACGGAUGAGCAGGCAGAGGGAGCAGACGAUGGCGACGGCACCAAAGCCUCUACCCCAAUUGUUCCACUGUCAGCAACCAGCAUCGAGAUUCACAUCGAAAAGAUGCAGACCAGCAUAUCUCCAACACCAUGCCUAAUGGCGUCAGUGAAGAUCACAGGGGCAUUGUUCUUUGGAUCGGCUACCCAAGUAAUGACGUUUUUCGAGGACCACAGCGUUGUUGCCCAGUUAUCGCUAUGUGCUGCUGUUAUACUAGACAUGUCAGAAUCUACCAUGUACGAUUCGUCUGGUGUAGAGGCACUCAAGACUGUACUUCGGGAUAUCUCUGUUGAUAAGGGCCUGGAUCUGUUCAUCAUUGGACUCGAUAGAAUCAGCCUGAAUCUUGUCACCAAAUCGCACAAGCUUGCUCAGAUCGUCACCCACGGCUCACCUGGGACUUACGAGGCGAUCUGCGUUGACGGCGAGGACCUGGUUGAGCGGCAUAGAUCAAUCUCUAUGUCAACGUAAGAGAUUAGUUUACUUGUACAAUGAAGGUAGGAGCGUACAUAGUACAUCCCAGCCCACUCAAAGAAGUGAAGAAGAGUGAUGCUGGAUCAUGGGCCUCUAACUGGUACUCAACAAGUGCCUUGGUAGUUCUAGUCCAUCGGUACAUAAGGGCCAUGGCAUGCAAUAUGUGUGCGGAUCAUCACACCCAGAAUUUGGUGAUUAGCAUUUUUCAACCCUUGUCCAGCAUCGCCAGUAGAAUUUUUAAAGCAGGUUUUGGAU